CAUGGGAGGAUGUGUUUGCAUCCAAGGAGGCUCAAACUGAAAGAGCAGCUCAUUUGAUCAGCAACAGACCAACAACCUUCCCCCCAAAUUCAGAGGUUUGUUUUAAACCGUGGAUGCAGAAUGAGACACUCGUCGUCCUCGGGGUGAAUCCAGGCGGAUCCCACGUGAGGGAGAAGGAGGUGAGUGGAGCGGCAGGAGGCAGGAGGCAGGUUCGACCCUCGGAGAGAGACGCAGCUCCUCGGUGCUGCUCGGGGAGUCUGGAGGAGGACACGACUCUCAACUCACAUACUUUUCCUCCGGUUCUUUCUGCACUGGACAUGAAUUGUGUCACACGCGUCUACGUGGGUUGGGGUCUCCUGGCCGUGGCCGCGAUGCCCGGGUGCCCGGGGGAGAUGUACACGUCGCUGCUCAACGUCAAGCAGGCGAUCAGAGUCGAGCGGAAGCUGAUCGAUAACCUGAGAACUUACAUUGACCACGAGUCGGAGAGGCUGGAGGACGUGAGGCGCUUUCAUGCCAAAGUUUCUGACCUGCACACUGAACUUUACGAAGGCCCGGGCACUGCAAUGGCAAACCCGCUGGUGGCCUUCACCCUGAUCAAGCGGCUGCAGUCAGAGUGGUUGAAUGUCGUCUACAGCAACGAAGCCGUGGAGAACAUACAAGCCCUCAGGUCCAGUUACGAGGAGGAAGAGGCGGAACUGCCCAAACUGGAGGACCUCCAGGGGGCUGCCAGGGGACUGAUGAGGCUGCAGGACGUGUACGCCCUCCAGGUUGGGAGCCUCGUGAGGGGUCGUUUCCAGAGAGUCACUAAUGGGCAGCCUAUUGAUAUCAUCAUGCCCGCAGUCUCUGUAUUGCUGUCUGGAGAUGACUGCUUUCUGGUUGGAAAGGUGGCCUACGAGCAGGGAGACUACUACCACUCAGUGCAGUGGCUGGAGGAGUCGGUGCGUCUCUUCAGAGGAACAGGAGGAGGGUGGAGCCCUGAGAAUGAGGGCACUUUACAGGAUGCUCUGGAUCACCUGGCCUUCUCGCACUUUAAAACGGGAAAUGUCUCCUACGCGCUGAGUCUGUCUCAGGAGUUACUGCAUUACGAUCCAAUGAACGGGAGAGUUCUGCAGAAUGUCGAGAAAUAUGAGAAGUUGCUGGUUGCUGCUAGUCCAAGCAGGAGCAACGGGUUGAGGAGGCCCACAUCCAAUCAUUUGAGGACCAGGGACACCUACGAGAGACUGUGCCAGACCCAAGGCUCUCAGCCAAUGCAUUUUGAAAACCCCAGACUGUUCUGCGACUACUUCACCAACGACAACCCGGGGCUGCUCCUGCUGCCAGUGAGACGCGAGGUGCUGAGUCUGCAACCGUAUGUGGUCCUCUACCACGAUUUCAUCACUGACUCCGAGUCUGAGGACAUCAAGGGGCUCGCCCAGCCCGGGUUGAGAAGGUCUGUGGUGGCAGCUGGAGUGAAGCAAGAGGCUGCAGACUAUCGCAUCAGUAAGAGUGCAUGGCUGAAAAGCUCAUCACAGUCCGUUGUUGGGAAGCUGGACCAGAGGAUCUCCAUGCUCACAGGUCUGAACGUGAAGCAUCCGUACGCCGAGUACCUCCAAGUGGUGAAUUAUGGGAUUGGUGGCCAUUAUGAGCCUCACUUUGACCAUGCUACAUCGCCUUCCAGCCCUGUGUUCAAGCUGAAAACUGGGAAUCGUGUGGCGACAUUUAUGAUUUAUCUCAGCUCUGUCGAGGCAGGUGGGUCCACGGCCUUCAUCUACGCCAACUUCAGCGCUCCUGUCGUGGAGAAAGCUGCCAUCUUCUGGUGGAAUCUCCACAGGAACGGUCAAGCAGAUGAGGACACCCUGCACGCCGGCUGCCCUGUGCUUAUUGGGGACAAAUGGGUGGCGAACAAAUGGAUCCAUGAGUAUGGCCAAGAGUUCCUACGUCGCUGCAGCCUGGUUCCUGAAGAGUGAGAGGGGUGGAGCGCCAGCCAGGCCCCCUCGGGGUAAAAGAGCCAGCCUCUACAAUUGAAAAGCACACUUACAGGCGAAGAGAAAGACGCAGCCAAGAAGUCAGCACACAGGCAGGGGGGGUUGGUGGUGGGGUGGUGAGAUCCUAUAAGGGGGAGGCUGCAUCUGUGAUUGGAUCCCCUGCACGCAGGGAGCCUGGAGCAUACAGCCGACACUACUGCUGUGCACAUGGAUAGCACAACGCCGAGAGGCGGGGUGGAGGAGGAGUGGGAAAGUAAGAAAUCGACCCCUCAGAGGCCAAAGGCUGUUCCUGCAGAUGGAGAGAGGCCUCUGCCUCCGCACACUGUGCUGGUUUCAGUUAUCUGUGCUGCGGUUGUUUACCUCCUGCUUGUUUUAAAACUCAUUUCUUAUGCAGCCCUUUUUCCUAACGUGUACAAACUGAUGCAAAAGACAUCUUAACAUGUCCAUUACAUUCAUUUAGCAGAUGCUUUUGUCCAAAGCGGAUCAAGAGAGUACAUAAACAUCUAUAGAACAGGAAAAAAACUGCUUCCAUUAGGUGUGAUGGUUUAGAUAAAAACUAGAUAGACGUCUCUACUGAACUUUGAUAAUACAUAACAGAAAUUCUACAGAACAUGUAUUCUCCAGGAAACAAAAAAAAGCACAUAAUGACUUAUAUACAGAGGUUUUGUAUAAGUUACACAUGUUACUCUGUGUUCAGUCAUUCAGACCUCAGGACUGUACAGUUCAGACUGGUGCUAUGAGUCACAGGAAACAGUCAUUGUGAAUGGGCCUGCUUAUUCCUAGCUGACUGAACAAUGUGCUAUAGUCAUCGCUGCAUGUGGGAGUCUCUCUCAGUUUAAUUUGACGUAACUAACUGUCUAAGGGAACAAAUGUCUUCCUCUUAUUGAGCUUUAAAGGGCUGGUCGUCAUUAAUCAUCUUCGUCUGCACGCCCAGUGGUCGUGUACCCAUCUGCUCCAGAUUUCGUGUCUGGACUCACAUAACCAAUUCUGGUUGCAUACCACCCAGAUAUCUCAGAUAUCUGUGUCUAAGUAGGUCAUAACACAUCUUAAAACAGUGUGGGAUGAGACAUGUAAAUUAUUAAAAUUCACUGUAUAAAUACAAGGAAACAGCAGAUUUAUCAUUGUUACUUAUUCCUACAUUAUGUUAAUGUGAAAUAUAUACUAUUCAAAUGAUCGAUAUUUAGACUACUUAGACAAUAUUGUCAACAAAAUGCGUACAACUACUUUGGCUUUAUUGAUAGAAACACAUGUUGUAGCUGCUAAUCGGACAAGGGACUUAUAUUUUCACAGGACCAUCUUAUAGUGUAAACCCUCUCUUUUCCUCAGAAUUCAAAGGGCUUCAUUCUGCACUCAUCUCUCAGCGGCCCUCACUGUUGCUAUGACCACCACAACAAACAUGGCUGCAGAGGAACUUGUUGCUAGCAAGAGCACACGUGUGUAGAUCAAAGGUCGACCUCAGCACGUUGUCAAGUCCAUACAGUAAUGCUGCACUGUAAAAGGCAGACCUUUUUUUUUUUUAAAGGUUGAAACACCUUUUGGGAAGGAACCUUCCUAACUUCAUAACUAAUAAAAUAAAUCUUUUGCUAACUUCUCAA